AUGUAUGCAGCAGGUGCCAGGAUUCAGGAUUCGCACCUUCCAUCUUUGACUACCAAACCCGGCACAACUCUCUCUUCCAAUCCAAAGCCAUGCGACAUCGGAUUCAUUGAGACAGCAGCAAUKGUGUCAUCUAUAUGCCUACCAGAUGAUGCUCCUUCCAGUCCUCCUGAAGUCCCUCUUGAGGAGAUCAUCUUCAGCUGCGACAUCUGCCAGGCUACCGUGUCGGAAGUCUAUGCGACCAAGGAACGCCACAAGGGCUUCCACAGUGGAUCUUCCGACAACAAUGGCGCCGGCAUUGUCACCAAGUUCUGGAUCGGUGCGUGCUCGCACGUUUUCUGUGGCAAGCAUUUGGAUGGCGGUGGUAUUGCAUUCCAUCCGAAGAAUGCUGCUCCUAAAGCGGGAUGUCCAGUAUGUCCCAAGAACCUUCCCAGCAGCCGUGAGCAAGAUCUCUUCGCCAUCCGAGGAUUGAAUCCAGGCGAGUACGACGAAAUCAUCCCGACGUCCUGGCUCCGUUGUCCGCCAACGCGACUGGACGCUCAAGAUGCUGAGAUGGAUGCGUUACGGUUCCAGUAUCAGCGACUUGCAAGCUAUUCGCGCAAAGUGAACAAGGCUUGGAAGACAGCUGACAGUAAGCAACGUGCGUUGGAGAAGACUCUGUCCAGCGAACGUAAAAAUGGGCGCAAGCGCGAGGCGGAGAACAAGGAGGCCCUGCGAGAACGAGACGCCUUGCUUGAAGACCAUGAGGCGAAGCUGAAGAAGUGGGACGAUCGCAAGGAUGUCAUCAACCACUACAUGAGUAUUGUCGAACCCAUGGCAAAAGAUAUUGCAGACAUGCGAGUGCUGCUAGAGGAACUUGGCUAUGACGUGCCGAAAAGAGAUUACUCUUAUCAACCUGAGCCGGAAGCCAAGUCUAUGGCGGUUGAGGAUCAAUUGCAUCAUGGCCGUCGACAUGACAGUUCUACCACACUUAUGGGAAGCAAUUUCCGAUCAUCCUCGGCGUCAAGAAAGCGUAAAGCAAAGUACGAUGCAUAUGCGGAUAGUCAGGAGCAGGGACUUGAGGAUAGUCGACCGCAACCUCCUGACGAAAGGACCUUGAUGAUGCCUCCUCCGCUGCCGAAUCGCAGACCUUCCGUAACUCAGCUCGAGACAAAGCAACCGGCUUACUCUGAAGCGAACGGUCUGCAGUCACUCUCUGCAUACGCCGAUGUCCAAAGUCGACAGGCACGUGCUUUCCAGCAGCAUCCUACGAUGGGCAUGCAGCGCACAGGUCUUUCAUCUUUGGAGCACUCAUCCACACGCGCACAGCGGAUAGGUUUCGGCGGUCGCCAGGAGGAGUUGUCUCCAAAAGAACCGCAGACCUUUACAUCACUGCCCGGCAUUCAGAUGUACGAGGAUGCAAAAUUGCAGGACAGACCGUUCCCUCGCGCCACUCCAGGUGUCAGCCGCGAAAGUCUUUUGAGUCGAGCAGAGCUACCGCAGUUCAACUACCCACAGGAGCCUCCUCAAAGAGGUGUACAGGUAGCACGCGGGCAAGAGCAUUCCAUCUCUUCUGUUCGAUACGAUCAAGCUCCAUCUCGAGUACCCCUAGCACAAGCAAUCUCUCGCCGUCAAGACCAUGGUCUGUCUCCCUCGCGCCCGUCAUUUCACGAAUCUGGAGAUUGGCGUGGAGUGACACUAAGAGGCCCGACAGGUCGCGACCAUCCUCCUGGAUCACCCCAAUUUAGGCCGUCUCAAGAUUACCCGAUCGAAAGACAAGUUGAUCCGCGUUUACACCAACAAUCUCGGAAGCCGCAAUUGGGACAUAAUGGCAAUACCACACUUAGCUCGGAGUUCCGUGCUCAAGAAAGAUCGGCGCUGUCGCAGCGCCAGGAUGGAUUACUCUCGAAGCCGGCGAAGAGACGAUCGUCGCGGAAAGCGCAAGCACCAGCGCCAUUCUCUACUGCAGGGAGCAAUGUUUAUCGCCAGCAUGAAACUUCCGAGGCUUCUUAUUACGAUCCAGGUUAUGGCACCCUGGAGCAGCAAAGCGGCGAAGACGCUCCCAGAGAGAUGGAUGGUUUCUACAUGGCGCCUCCUUCAACCGUGCAAGAUGCCCGGAUGUCUGCUCACGAUGGUCGCCGUCUUCGUCUUACCACACCAGCAAACCGCAAGCAUCUGGAGCCGCCUGGUGCUCCCUCGGUAGUUAGUCCAUUUUUCGGGCAGUCAUCUCAGCGGCAACCAGGCAUCUCUGGACGAUCGGAUCGUGAAUACUCCACGCAUGCUCCUCUUUCCGCACAUCGAGCGAGUGCGCCAAACCGCUACCAAAUGAGCGAUGCAACGCGGCCUCUGCACGCUACGCAUAUACAAUCACAUCGCAGUGUGCCGUCUCGAAAUGCCAAUCUUACCCAGCCUGGCAGCGCAUCGUUUCUUGGGAGCCAUGAUUCAGUGUCAGGUUCCACGUUCAGCCGCGAACCCCAACGAGUUCCUCUGGCCACCCGCAGUAGGCCACCACAGCAAACAGCUUCGCGAGGGAGGGUGAGCUUACCUCCAGUUCCGCUUUCGUCCCAGAGGGAUGUCGGGGCGACCGGAAGGAACGCAGUGGAUUCUCGCUCGCUAUUCUCAGGCACCGGACCUAUCAGGAGGAGCGUACAACGAUGA